AUGGUGCCGAAGAGUGAUACAUAUCGAACAGGGCCCAAUGUCAUUGCCAGCAAGAGCAAAGGGAAGACGGUCCAUUAUGAUCCGGUGAUCACUGACGACCACCCCGCACCGCCGGGAGAAGUGCUCACUCGGACCAGGGAAGCAGCGGAACAUACGAGUGCAGGGGUUGCUCAAUGGUCAGAAGACGUUGAACAUGUCCCUUGGGGUGACGUCGUGAUGCGAGAUAGAGCAUACAUCAAAUUCUCAUAUUCGGAAACGGAGUCCUUGCCAUCAGACUUCGAUGAAUGGCAGAACCGCACAACGGGACAUCUCCAUAACGAAGAUUGGGCGGAGUACAUCGUUGUCUGGCGCAAAAAUCGGCUGGAACUGUACACGGGUCACGCAAGGAAAGACUGGGUUCUCGGACAUAUGAAGCUUGUAUUCGUGAUCCCACUGGGGCAAUCGACGACUAGGCUGUCGUUAUACUCCUUUGUGGAUCUCACCUUCUGCAUUGUCUGCCCGCCCGCUCCGUUGCGGCAUCGCUCGAAGCGGCGGUGGUUGAACAGGCGACACAAGGGCCUCAACAUUUUCGUGUUCAAAAUCAGGAGCCGCACAAGGGCCAUUGACUGGGUUUGGAAGCUCUGGAGACAUCUCGGGGGCGAGCUACCUACAUCUCUCGAUAUCCGGUCACCUCUACUCGAUACGCGUGUCAGGAUCGACAUGCCGAGGUUCGAAGGCAUUGAACUCACUGCAGCAUACCAAAUCUUUGAGAACGAGAACGUGUUGCGCUUGUGUAGGGAGAGCCUCUCAAAGACAGGGGAUGAGCACGAACUUCUUAGGCAUAAGCUAAAGACAGGUGCCGAACUAGCCCUGGCAUGGCGCUCGGAAACCAAUCUAGAUUGGGUGUGGCAACUGGACGACGUGCAAGGCAACCCAAGGAAAUGGGCUAUCUUAUGCGGGCUCGCGCUGAAUCAACACGGAAAAGGCGCACAUCUGGAAGUCCGCCUCAAGGAGCACUUCCCCACCCGCCUGCACUUGAAAGAUGGCACGGUUCUCGACGAACCGCCAGCUGUCGAAGGGUACCUGGAGCGCAUCAGACCCAACUCCCAGCUCAAGCAGUCCGUCUAUCUGACGAUCCAUAACAACCACAUCUUCGCUGUCCCGAUAGCCCACGCGCACCACCCACGUCCUCCAGGGUUUCUCCCGCCCGGUAUCGAUGCCGAUUCUCUACGAGAGUCGGAGGUACAGAGGGGAGCACAGCAGAUCCUGCAUGCGACGGGCAUGACAGAUCUGCGCAAUAUCAUUGCUGUUCGACGAGCCUUUCACAUUGCGCAGGAUAAGGGCAGCCUGCAUAUGAGGCGAUCCUUCGAGCUCCUGCUAACUACGGGGAAUGUGGUCAGGUUCGAGGCAUUUUCAUGUCAAGUUGCCCUGGAGUGGAUUGUGCGGCUCAGGCCGCUCAUCUCGUACUGGAGAAGGCGGCAUCAAGCAGAUGCGCAGACGGAGAUGCAGCUUGCAUACAUUAGCACUGGGAGAGCACGCAUAACUCCUCUGCGACACGCAUCCUUGCCAGAGCUCAGCUCUUUCUUCAACUGGUGCGCCCUUGAAGGAUGCCGAUCUAUUGUCCGGAGCGGAAAACUCUUCGCCCGGAAAGGCUUAUGGGGGCAAUACAAACACGUGCAAGUCGUCCUCAUUGCAGGUAACCUCGUCCAGUUUCGCAUCACGGGCCGCAAGUCGCUGCACCACCAUCGUCAUACGGGCAUCAACCUCCAGGAUGCUUACCUUGUGUCAGGUUACCUUGCCGCUCAAUAUCUGCCAGAAGGCCAGUAUGACCCCGACGCACCGCACCUAGCACGACGGUACCAAGAUGGUCUAGAGACAGAUGACGGACCAGAAGACACGCUGUUCAUGAUGUGGUAUCGCACUCAGGUGGAUCCUUCUAGCAAUAUGUCAAAAGUCGUAGCAGGCGACACGCCACGAUUGGAGGUAAAGCGACAAUUGAGUUUCUUCAAGACGAGAAGCAAGCUUGAGCGAGAUGCGUGGGUCUGGGCGAUCAACAUGGAGAUUGAGAAGGCCGUACGAAGUACGAAAGACCGAGAAGAGAGGAUCAGGGAGGCUGGGAAUAUUGUGAAAACCUGA